AAUGACUCUGGAUGGUUUUGUUCGCCGGGUGUGCCACCUGCCGGUGCGUCACGGCGCCUCCAGCCAAUCCUGACGCAGUGGCUCUCCUUGGAGAUCCCGCGGUGCUCCUCACUCACAUCUCCGUUUAAUCUGCGGCUCGGUGUCGGUAGAAGGCGGCGAGCCUCGUUAGCAACCGUUUACCGCUCACACAGUCAGAUGUAACCGGACUGGACUGCCGAGUGCUGCCGCUGUGCCAAACAUGGAUUCGUGACAAGUUUGGCUGGAUUGCCAUUACCUCCCCCCCCAUCAUCCUCUGCUUGUGCUGCUCUUGACCCGCGAAUGUUAUGAGACUCCAUGAUGCUGGAGGAGGAUAAGCGCAAACCCCCUGUUGACAAUAUGGACUCCAAAAGGCACUCUGCUGAAAGGUGACCUCCAGACACUUCACCUCCCCCAAAAUAUUUGAAUAUGCCAGGACAUAAAAAUGAGCUCCAACAGCACAGACCCUGGUCUCUUCCUCACUGCAAACCCCUCAUCACCAGUGGCUGGAACGUACCCACAGUCAAAUGCUCUAUACCAAGGAGAAACAGGAGGAGACCCCUGGUUUUUUCCUGUAAACACCCUGGAUGAUAAUUCAUCUUCCACAAGCAAACUGCUGAACCUCACUUUAGAAUCCCAAAAUGGGAACAGAACUGCGGCCCUCAAUUCCGCGGGUGGCCACCCCGUGUGGCAGGUGGUCCUCAUUGUCCUGCUCACAGGAAUGUUAUCUCUUGUCACCAUCAUCGGCAACGUCCUGGUAGUGGUGUCUUUCAAGGUGAAUCGCCAGCUGAAGACAGUAAAUAACUACUUCCUGCUGAGCUUGGCGGUGGCUGACCUCAUCAUUGGGGUCAUUUCCAUGAACCUCUACACAACUUAUCUCGUGAUGGGCUACUGGGCCAUGGGCAACUGGGCCUGCGACCUGUGGUUGGCUAUAGACUACGUAGCCAGCAACGCAUCAGUUAUGAACUUACUGGUCAUUAGCUUUGACCGUUACUUUUCAAUCACCAGGCCGUUGACUUACCGGGCCAAACGGACCACAAAGCGAGCUGGGAUCAUGAUCGGCCUCGCCUGGUUUGUGUCUCUUGUCCUGUGGGCGCCAGCCAUCCUGCUGUGGCAAUAUUUUGAGGGCAAAAGGACAGUACCCUCAGAUCAAUGUUACAUUCAGUUCUUCUCAGAGCCCACAAUCACCUUCUGCACAGCCAUAGCAGCUUUCUAUCUUCCAGUGACAAUAAUGAGUGUUCUCUACUGGCGCAUUUACAAGGAGACCCAGAAUCGCUCUAAAGAGUUAGCUGGAUUGCAGGGUUCGGGGGCUCGUGGUGGAAAUGGAGGAAGAAAUGCGAACGGCGGGGGUGAGAGGACCCGGUUUGUCCAUCAGACAGGAAGUUCUAGAAGUUGCAACAGCUACGAGCUAACUAGGUUGUCCAGGAGGAGGAGCACAUGUCGAGAACUAGUCAGCCGCUUCCAUUGCUGGCCUGGGGUUCGUUCUUGGAGACCUGGUAGUUCACGGCAAGGCGACGGUGAUCCAGAUCAGAGCAGCAGUGACAGCUGGAACAACAAUGACGCUGCAGCCUCACUGGACCACUCUGGGUCCUCAGAGGAUGAGGACUGUGGGGGCAGAGAGAUGAUUUCCCAGAGUCAUGCUAUUUUCUCGAUUGUUCUCAGCAUCCCUGGUAUAAAGGCCGCUGUCAACUCCCAGCUCGCCUCCUGCGAGGACCUGGAUGCAGCCUCAGAGGAGGAUCCGCUCAAGGGAGCAGAGUAUAAUCGAGACAGUGUUUCGACAGUCGACGCCAACACCAUUGCCACCACUACUCCCGAUGGAGAAAACAAUUCUGAAAAUAGCUACCACCAACGCUUCUCCUCACGAAAGAUGCAGUCCAUGCCAAGAAUCCAGGCUACGUCCAACCAAGGCUCUCUGGGUGGAUCCCAGACAAGUGCUACCACUGCCACCGACGGUACCACUACCAGCACAAGCACCAAAUCCCCCUCUGUCCCGAUGUCCUUUAAAGAGGCGGCUCUCGCAAAGCGCUUCGCAGCUCGAGCUCGGACACAGAUAACCAAGAGAAAGCGCAUGUCCUUAGUGAAGGAGAAGAAGGCAGCUCAAACUCUCAGUGCCAUCCUCUUUGCUUUCAUCAUCACAUGGACACCUUACAACAUCAUGGUGCUAAUCAACGCCUUCUGCAAUGUCUGCAUCCCAGAGACGCUGUGGGCAGUCGGUUACUGGCUGUGCUACGUCAACAGCACGGUCAACCCCAUGUGCUACGCCUUGUGCAACAAGACUUUCCGUACGACAUUUAAGAUGAUACUGUUGUGUCGCUGGGACCAGAAGAAAAGGAGGAAGCAGCAGUUCCAGGAGAGGCAUUCAGUGGUCUUCCACCGGAGGAUUCCCAGGGAAUCUACGUAAAGAACGGGACGUUAGAAUGGAUUUGUAAAGUGAUUUGAAAAGGUUUAACACAGGACAAGGAAGAAAGAAGCAUCCAUGUAGAUUUGUUUCUGUGGAGUUUCUUUACUUAAUGAUCCUUAAUGUGUUUCUCUGCUGGCUUUGUCAAAUGCAGCAGUCAGUCCUACUGUACGUGGUGGUCUUCAGAUGUCAUGUCUGUGUUGGUUCAUCUGUUUAGCGGAGCUGUUGUUUAUGUGUGAAGGGUUGCGCGAGGUGAGAUCCUGAGAUGAAACCCUCCUGCCUGUACCCCGGAGAACCGUUUCACAUUAAUCCAGCUGAGAGAAAGUGAAUGGGAGUGGAAAUAAUAGAAAAGGGCUUUAAAAUGCAUUGCAGGAGAAUUACUGAAGUGCAGUUGACACAAGGGAACAGAAAAUCUUUGUCACAGGAUUUGGGAUUCACAUUUCUUGUCACUUCUCUCUGUGGGUAGCUAAACCUGUAAUGUGGUUUUGCAUUUUAAACAAAACUAUGUAUGUGUAAUGUGUCACUGAGAGCCAAGACAAAAUUACUUUGUGUUCAUAGGCGUUGACAUUGUACUGAUUUGAUCUGCCAGCCUCUUCCCUGGCAGUUUUUUUAUUUUAAUUUUAUUUUUUAAUCAAUGUUCAAUGCCUUUCUACAUCAAUAUAGCUUUCAUGUCUUAUGGAGUAUAACGAGUUCUUGAACUGUGUCCUUACUUUUUCGUCGGCAGAAAAUUGUUAUUUUUGUGAUAUUCAUCUUUGGUUUUCCUCGAUAUUCCGGAAAUUUUGAGCCAGUCUGAAAAACGAUUCUU